AUGGGAGGGGACUAUGAUGAGAUUGGGGAGGAAUUUCUAUACACCGUUAGGGUGGGAAUGCUCAGUGAAGUUGCAGAGUUUAUAAAUGAAAAUCCAAGUUUGAAUAUAAAUUACAUAAAUGAAGAUGGAAAUACAGCUAUUCACUAUGCAGCUGCCAAUAACAAGGGCGAUGUGUUGAGAUUCCUAAUUGAAAAAGGAUCCAUUUUUAACGUAAAAAACAAAAGUGGUAACACUCCUUUACAAUGGGCGGUCCAGACCAACAGUUUAAAUUCAGUUGAAGUGUUACUUUCUGUAAAAGAGGGAGAAUUCUUGAGACAUUUUGACUUGUUGGCCACUAAUGUUUAUGGCAAAUCUGUAAUUGGCGAUGCGUUUGAAAGAGGCAAUACUGAUAUUAUACAAUUAAUUCUCUCUCAUCCUUGUUCUGAGCAGUUGGUAGCUCAUAACACAGUUGACGCAUCAAAUGAUCCCUUUAAAAUAAUUCAACAAUUCGAUCUAAACUUCAUAAUACACAACACCAAAAUUGUGAUCAGAGAAGUGGCACUAAAUGCCACUGGGGAUUUAAGUGUCUCAAUUAUACCGGACUCAUCAGAACCCGAUUUUACAGGUGUUAUUGUUUGGGAGGCAGCCAUAUGUCUAUCCAAUUGGAUAGCAGAUCUCACUGGACAGUUUGACAAUAAAGUAGUACUUGAACUGGGUGCAGGCUGCGGUUUACCUGGGAUCACUGCUGCAAUUUUUAACACUUCAAAAGUCAUCCUCACUGAUUACUCUCCAAUAUCUCUUGAAAACCUAAAGCAUAAUGUACAAGUCAACUAUAGCACUAUUAAAUCGCAAGUUGAGGUUUUAAAGCUAGAUUGGAAUGAUUACAAGGGAUUAGACCCACGAAGUAUCGAUAUUAUCAUUGCUAGCGAUAUUAUUUACGACAAAAUGCAACCACUCAACAUAAUAAACACCGUUACGCACCUUUUGAAAGUCGGUGGCAAAUUUUUGUACACCUACACAGAUGAAAGAGCUGGGAUUGAUGAGUUUAUCGCACUAAUUAAAGGAUUCAAUCUGGAAAUUAGCAAAAUCCCAAACAAAUAUCGCAAAUUGGAUAUCCCGAAUAUAUCCGCAGAUUGUAUACAACUAAAAUUCCCUAUCAUUUUUGAUGAUCAAUCAGCUGACAUAACAACUAAUCCACAGUCUAACGACUCGACUAAUGAUAUGAUUGAAUUAGAUGGAGAAGUCGAUCGGCAUGGCAGUGGUUACAGAAAUAUAGUUUCAAGGGGAAUCCUUAAAAUGUUAUGCGCCACUAAAUUGUGA